AUGAUGCCACUUCUAGCGACCACGGCAUCGCCAAAUAUUGUGGAAGGCGCGCUGAAAGGGGGCGGACAGUUUGUUGAAAAUCAAAUUGGAGCACAUAAAGCGACGACGGCAUCGCCAAAUAUUGUGGAAGGCGCGCUGAAAGGGGGCGGACAGUUUGUUGAAAAUCAAAUUGGAGCACAUAAAGAUGAACUAAUGCACACGGUGGGCGAUCUCGCUGAAAAAGUCGGCGUUAGUCGCGCCGUCGCUGAAGUGAUUGGUGGAAACCUGCUUCAGCAGGGAAUCCAGAAGGGCAAAGAACUUUUGUCGGGACACGCAGCUGCUGAGAACAUCGACAAAGCUAAAGAAAAAGCCAAGGCCGAUCCAAGUCUUGACAAAGCACUACCUGGUAAUUGA